GCGUGGCUGUAGACAUUAGACAGACAGUGGCCGUUUAUUAAUUUCUUUAGUUGUUUUGUGGAUUUUUGUGGAUAAACAUCCUGAAAAACUGAUACAAUCAGCCUAAACGUGAGUGUGUGUGUGUUUUGGACAUUCUGGCGACGUAGGAGGCAAGGUUUGGGAUGCUUGAGGCUGGAGCCGUUAUGAUCUGCACAUUUGUUUUUGGGUGUACUGGUGUAGGGUGUAGUAUUUUCUACUGUGACUUUGAUAUUUUCUUGAAUUUACAUAAAUAG